GCUUUUAUGUGGUAGCAGAUUGACCGCUAGCGCUGACUUCACAGUUGCCUUUUUGCAGCCAGUGUAAGGUUCUUGAUCCUUAGACUGCUUGUUUUAAACUUUGAAAUUUUGUGUAACUGGUGGAAGCCAAGUGACGCUCACUGAAAGGGUGCUGUUGGGAAUUGUAGUUUUGGCUGUGAGUACCCUCUAGACCUGUGCUCCACUGACCACACACCCCAGUGACAAAAGAACAGACGACUACCCUGAAGCUAUGGAUUGUCCCCCCAGCGCUAGUCAACUGAUGUCUGGCAACGUGACCAAUAAAACGGACCCACGGUCGCUGAACUCCAGGGUGUUCAUCGGAAACCUAAACACUAUGCUGGUCACCAAGGCGGACAUUGAAGCCAUUUUUAGCAAAUACGGCAAGGUUGUGGGCUGCUCUGUGCAUAAAGGCUACGCCUUUGUCCAGUAUGCCAAUGAGAGGAAUGCACGGACUGCUGUGGCAGCAGAAGAUGGCCGGAUGAUCGUUGGACAGGUGCUCGAUAUAAAUCUGGCUGGGGAGCCCAAACCUCACAGGCCAAAAACAACCAAGCGAUCAGCUGGAGAUAUGUACAGUGGUUCUACUUUCGAAAUGGAUUAUGAUUUCCAGAGAGAUUACUAUGACCGAAUGUAUUCAUACCCAUCCCGUGUACCCCCGCUUCCCCCUCCUCCUGUGGCACGGGCCGUGAUCCCUUCCAAGCGUCCACGAGUCAGUAUAAGUGGGGGAACCAGCCGCCGCACCAAGUCCAGCUUCUCCUCUUCGUCCAAAAGCAGCCAGCGGAUGUCCUCUCGAGCUUUGAAAGCAGAUGACCUCCAGACUAUUAAGAGAGAGCUUGCUCAAAUAAAACACAAGGUAGACUAUCUUCUAGAGAGUCUGGACAGGAUGGAGAAGGAUCAAAACAAGAAAUCAGAGGGAAAGUCUGUGAAGACAGAAGUGGGUGAAGCUUCCCUGCAGCAUUUCAACAAGAAGGAUAGAGAGAGAGAAGAGCAAGAGACAAAUGAUUCCGAGGAGGAAAGAGAUCUGUUAGAAGAUGAGGAGGUUAAAAGCCAAGGAGGUGAGAAUGAAGAAGAGGAAGGAGAGCGUGAGGAAGAAGAGGAGGGUGAACAUGAGGAAGGGGAGGAUGAUGGUGACAGCGUUAAUGGCGAGGAUGCAUAGACACGUUUUACACGUAGUUGACACCAAUAACACAAACUCCAAAUUCAGCACUUUCAGCAAAGGUUGAAGCUGCUCUUUUAAAAGUUUUGUGUAUUUAUAAUGUAGAUGCCUGCACUCAAAUAAUAUCUGACACUAGAGUUACAUGACCCACUGUUGUCAGUUUAUUUUUAAUGUUAGCAUGACAUCUUUUCAGGCUUUUGACGUGUCCCUCAACCCUUAUGAAAACAAGCACCUGUUUUUAAACUACAGAACACAACAUUUUCAGAUUAUUUUUAAUUGUUCUGAUAUGAAUGAGAGAGGUUUUUGUAUGGUUCUUUUACAUAAGAAGAUGGCAGAAUACAUGCAUUAUGCAUUCUCAAGAGUGAAACUGGCCUGUUCCCUGUUUGUCCUGUCUUUAAUGGGAAAAGUCUGUCUUUUUCAGUGAAUGAAGCUAAAAUGUGUAUUUUAAAUGGGGAAACUUAAUGGGCUUCUCUGUUAGAGAGCCAGGAAGCUUCCAGGAAAAGUCUGUUUGUAUUUACCUGUCUUUUUAUAUUACCCUGUCUCAAUAGUUCUUCAGGAAAAU